AUGGAAAAGGUGGCCCUGAUGGAGUCUGUGCCCAUAGAAGAAAACGGAAGGAGGCUGGAGCAUGAGUUCCUUUAUAUGGACAAAUGCCCUGCCAGUGUUUUGGGGCGAGACUUAUUGAUGAAAUUACAAGCAAAAAUUGAGUUCUCUGAUGAUGUUUCAUCCUGGAAAAUUUUUGCUUUUACAUGGGAAGCAAUUCCUGGCUGUGAGGAAAUCCCCUUUGGAAGGUAUUCCUGGCGAUGCCUUCCACAGGGGUGGAAGAAUUCAUCCACCCUCUUUGGAGAAGCUUUAAGUCCCAUCCUUCGGGAUUGGACUCCACCGACAGAGUGCCGAAUGGUUCAGUAUGUUGAUGAUAUUUUGAUAUCUACCUUGGACAAAGAUUCGUGCAAACUGGCCACGGUAAGUCUCUUAAACUUCUUGGGAUAUGAAGGAUUCAAAGUUUCAAAAAGCAAGGCACAGAUUGCGCUUACUGAAAUUGUUUAUUUGGGAUUUGUACUUUCCAGGGGACAACGACAAUUAAGCCAGGAACGAAAGGAAACCGUUUUCCGGGUGGGCCUACCAGACACAAAGAGGCAGUGGAGAACUUUCUUGGGAAUGACGGAGUUUUGUAGACUCUGGAUCCCAAAUUAUUCCAUGAUUGCAAAACCUCUAUAUGAGGCUUUGAAGGGACCAGGUGAACGGGUUGAGGCAACUCCUGAAAUGAAAUGGGCUUUCAAAGUACUGAAAGAAAAGCUUCUUUCGGCGCCUGCCUUAGGCUUACCCAACCCGGAAAAACCAUAUGAGCUGUUUGUGCAUGAGAGGAACAGAAUGGCCCUGGGGGUCCUCACUCAGCAGAUCGGAAGCUGGCGGAGGCCGGUUGCCUAUCUCUCAAAACAAUUGGAGGUGGCAAAAGGCUGGCCAACAUGCCUUCGAGCAGUGGCAGAUACCGUAUCACUCUCUAAGGAGGCAGGGAAAUUUACCCUUGGUGCUCCAAUUACAGUUCAGGUGCCUCAUGCCGUGGCAACGGUGUUAGAGCAAAAAGGGGGUCUGUGGAUUUCCAAUGCCCGGUUAGGGCAAUAUCAGGCAGCCUUAUUGGAUAGCCCAGAGUUAUGAUUGGUGACCAGUAAUUGUCUCAACCCAGCUACCUUACUCCCUAAACCACAGCCAAACAGUGAUCCGAUUUUACACGAUUGCAUUCAGACUAUAGAUCAGGAAUUCUCUAGCAGGCGGGACUUGAGGGAUGUCCCCAUUAGCCACACUGAUUGCGAAUUCUUUGUUGAUGGGAGCAGCAUAGUCAGAGAUGGGCUUCGGCGAGCAGGAUAUGCAGUUGUAACAGAAUGGGAGGUAGUGGAGGCUAAACCCCUCUCUCCCAGCACCUCAGCUCAGCAAGCCGAACUAAAUGCCCUCACAAGAACUUUGAAGUUGGGGAACAGAAAGAAAACCAACAUUUUUACUGACUCCAGAUAUGCCUUUGGAGUGGCUGUGAUGCAUGGAAAAGGACAUGGAAAAGCGCUUGAGCAGACUGAAAGGAAUGGGAACCGACUAGCUGAUGAAACUGCUAGGAAAGUGACAGAAUGUCAGGCAGAGGUGCUCAUGGUGGUUAAUAGUGUGCCAGCUCCAUCAGCGGAGCUGCCUUUGAAUCCUAGAUAUUCCAGAAGGGAGAAGCAGAGAGCACUGGGGGCUGGGGCGACCUGGGGAGACUCUGGCUGGCUAAAAACUAAAGAGGGUAAACUGGUGAUACUGCAGGCCUUGUCCAGAUCGCUAUUGCAGCAAAUGCACCAGCGAACACAUGCCAGCCCAUCUGCACUCUCUCGGUGUGUACAACCCUGGGCUUCCAUUGAGGGAAUCACUACAUUGGCUCAGGAGAUUUGUGAAUUGUGCUUGACCUGCUGCAAGAAUAACCCAAAUACAGGAAUCAGAAAAGGACCCAUGGGUACUCAACCCAGGGGCCAUCUUCCUGGUUCUAAAUGGCAGGUGGACUUCACUGAAUUGCCCAGACAUAAAGGAUAUCGGUAUUGUCUGGUGUUCGUGGACUCUCUAACUGGGUGGCCUGAAGCGUUCCCUUGCAGGACCAACAAGGCAAAAGAGGUGGUAAAGACUCUUUUAAGGGAAAUCAUACCACGACAUGGGAUCCCUUGGGAGGGGUUAAAUUCAAAUAAUGGGCCACAUUUUGUGGCUACAGUGGUUCAGGAGGUGGCAAAAUUUCUUGACAUCCCCUGGAAGUUACAUGCCUCUCAUCGGCCAGAGGCACUGGGGCAGGUUGAGAGACUGAACCAGACAAUAAAGGCACACCUCAGGAAAUUGUCACAAGAAACUAAACUAGGCUGGGUUCAGGAGUCUGGUGGUUAUGUGGCAAUGAGGGAUUUAAGGUAA